AUGCAAAUCACUUUCUUUCUCUAGGUUUUUGACGCGUGUGAUGAAGAUAACAAAGGCUAUUUAAGCAGAGAGGAAUUUAAAGCUGCUGUAGUAAUGUUUCGUUAUAAACCCACAAAGGUGGAGGUAGAUUCAGUAAUAUCUUCUGUGAGACCACGAAAUUCAGCAGAUAUGCGAACAUCUAUCUAUAUUUUGACUUUUGAAGACUUCAAGAAAGCCUUCAAUUCUGCUUCUCCUAAGUUACCUGAAAGAAUCAUAGUUGAAGCCUUCAGAGAAGUCAAUCAGGAUUCUGAUGGCUACAUCAGCUUCAAAGAGUUUGAAUCUGCAAUGAACAAUGGACAAGAUGAAGUAUCACCAGUGUACUUUGCCUAAAGAAUAUUCUCUGGUGAAAAGACAAAGUGAAAACUUCAGAUCUCAAGAUAUUUAAAAAUCAAUGAAACUUCAUUUGUUUCAGCCAGCAUUUUAAGAACUUUGACUGUAAGUGUAGCUCUGAAGAACAGCCUUUGAAGCUUUACUGUUGACAAGUUGGGUGUAUUAAUUUACAUGUGUAUGUGUGUGUAGAAUACUUAAAAUAUUUGAAAUCUCAGUUGAUUCCCAGUCACCCUAGUUAGGAACUGCAAUGCUGUACUUUUUCUUUUUGAUUUAAUAUAUGAAAAAGGACCAACUCUAAUUUCCAGUACUUGUGAAAUUUAUUUGUUCACUUUUUCAACAGCCCUUUGAUGACAGACCAAAAUAUCUCACACGUAUAGAAACUGAUUAAAUUUAUGGCAGAUAAUGCCUGUUUUUUUAAAAUCAGUAGUAUCUUUGUCUUUCCUUUAUUGCUUCGCUGUCAUAUAUUGUUCUUUUUUAUAUAUUGCACAUUAUUAUUAAUUUAACA